AUGUCGGAAACCGGGCAGUUCCCCAAGAUGAUCGACCUCGAUGCAUCGAGAGCCAUCGAUCUCGAGGCCUUGAAACUACAGUACGCCGACAAAUUCGCAUCGUACACGCCUCGAGAUCGUCCUCCUCUUCAUCAGAUGCCCACAACGUCGACGGCUCUCCCUGACGGUCGGGCACGCAAGUACAAAUUAGAGAUCUUUCCACCUCUACUGAACUCUUCGAGUCCCUGGGCAACUACGGUCGAGCAAAUCCAAGAACUUUAUGAUUGUGAAUUUACUGGUGCCGUGACUACGAGAACGAGUCUGCUUGAGGGUUUCAACCACGAUCCAGACGUGCAUCAACAUGUCUUUUUCCCUGCUGGGCAAUCUGCAACCAGGACCGGUGUGCCUAAGGGCGAUGAGUCAGCGAAGACACUUCCCGAUGCUGCGGCUACAAGCUCGCUGAAUACGUAUGGGUACAGUCCGCACACGUUAUCUGAAUAUCUCGGAUUCGUCAAUGAGAUUGUGGGACAACGACAUUUGGGCACUAGCACAAUCAGGAAGAAGCCUUUUAUUAUUUCUGUGACAGGCACGCCAGACGAAAUAGCAAUGAGUUUCGCACUACUUGCAAAUGCUGCGGAAAUGGAUGAAGAUCUUAGGUUGGCUAUGGAAGUGAAUUUAUCAUGUCCGAACAUCGACGACAAGCCACCACCAGCAUACGACGAGGCAAUGCUCAAAGAAUACUUGGAAGCAAUCUCAGAUUCAAAAUCAACAUAUAGAGGCAGAAUGGCAGGGCCAGACUCCGUGCCAAAGGUCGGUAUCAAAUUGCCACCAUAUACCUGGAAGGGACAAUUCGAAAUGGUAGUCAAGUGCCUGGUAGAAGCCAAGUCAUCCGAGCCAGGCGAAGGAAGCGUAAUAGAUUUUAUCACUUGCACGAAUACAUUAGGUUCAUCCCUUGUGCUUGAUGACUCACUGAAACCUACAUUGGCGUCAGAAGCAGGAACGGGAAUAGGUGGAAUGGCAGGAGCAGCGAUCCAUCCUUUGUCGUUGGGCAAUGUUGCCACGUUCAGAAAAAUGUUAGACAAGCAUAUAGAUACGGAGGAAAUCAUGAUCAUUGGAGUUGGUGGUGUGGAAGAUACUGCCGGGUUUGAAAGGAUGAGGAAAGCAGGAGCAGAAGCGGUGGCUUGUGCGACUGCUCUGGGUAGACAUGGCGUAGAUGUGUUUUCCAGCAUUAUUAAAGGAGAAUAA